CUAAAGAAAAGGAAUCGAUACAUUCUGAACUACAGUUAAACAUGUUGCUCAAAAAACGUCAAAAAAAUAAAAAAUUCAUUUAUUUGGGGAUAUCAGACGUGUGUUUGAAAAGGAAAAGUGCUCAAAAAGACAUCGCAUAUUGACAGAAAAAUGAAUAUUGGCGUCGUUCUUAUUACUUGUGCUGUUAUAUACUCAGUGCAAGGAGGUUGUCCAUCAGGUACUUGUUCUGAAACUGAAACUUGCUGUAAAACGUCGGUCGCUGGAGAAUACGGUUGCUGCCCACAACCCAACGCUGUCUGCUGUUCGGACGGACUUCAUUAUUGUCCACAUGAUACGGUCUGCAACCUUGAAGAAGGCCGAUGCGAUGCCCAAAACGGUCUAGUUCACCCGUUGUUAAUUAAGGAUCCUCAAUCAGACGAUAUUAAGGCGGAACUGGCGAUAGUUGCCAACACAGUCGACAUUGUUUACUGUCCAGGAGGUCGUUAUUACUGCCAUGACGGAUCUACUUGCUGUCCUCUACGAAGUGGAGGAUACUCAUGCUGCCAGUACCAAUCUGCUUCGUGCUGUCCCGAUAGGAUACAUUGUUGUCCUUACGGUACUCGAUGUGAUUCGACCUCCAGACAUUGCUACAGAAGAGAUCAUCUUUAUCAAGCUUUUAUUAAGACACCGGCUUUUCCUGUGAAUUCUCAGACUUGCUGUGAAACGUCGGUCGCUGGAGAAUACGGUUGCUGUCCACAACCCAACGCUGUCUGCUGUUCGGAUGGACUUCAUUAUUGUCCACAUGAUACGAUCUGCAACCUUGAAGAAGGCCGAUGCGAUGCCAAAAACGGUCUAGUACACCCAUUGUUAAUUAAGGAUCCUCCAUCAAACAAUAUUAAGGCCGAAGUGGUGGAAGUAGCCAACAAAGUCGACAUUGUUUACUGUCCGGGAGGUCGUUAUUACUGCCAUGACGGUUCUACUUGCUGUCCUUUAUCAACUGGAGGAUACUCAUGCUGCCCUUACCAAUCUGCUUCGUGCUGUCCCGAUAAGAUACAUUGUUGUCCUUACGGUCUGAAAAUGUACUAUUUAUUAAUGCUAUCGGUUUGUGCUUUCUUCUGUUCUGGAUCCUGCACUAAAGUGAUUCCAGAAGUUGCUUCGGAGGAUAAUGAUGCCCAGAAUAGCGUCGUAUACUGUCCAGGUGGAUAUUACUACUGUCAAGUCGGAUCGACAUGCUGUCCACUACCAAACGGAGCAUACACAUGCUGCCCAUACCCCUCAGCUAUGUGUUGCGCAGAUAUGGUUCAUUGUUGCCCAUACGGCACUCGAUGUGAUGCUACCUCCCGAUACUGUCUCCACGGUUACAGCCUGAUGCUAUCACAAUCUAAGACGCCCGCAUUUCCUAUGAAAGAAGCAUAUGACUUCCCAAACCGAGGAAAAAAAAGAUUUUACGUGCACCAGUGUAAGACAUUGUGCAGAAAAAUGAAUUUAGCCGUCGUUCUUAUUACUUGUGCUGUUUUAUACUCAGUGCAAGGAGGUUGUCCAUCAGGUACUUGUUCUGAAACUCAGACUUGCUGUGGAACGACGGUCGCUGGAGAGUACGGUUGCUGCCCACAACCCAACGCUGUCUGCUGCUCGGACGGACUUCAUUGUUGUCCACAUGAUACGGUCUGCAACCUAGAAGAAGGCCGAUGUGAUGCCAAAAACGGUCUACUACACCCACUGUUAAUUAAGGAUCCUCCUUCGGACAAUAUUGAGGCCGAAGUGGUGAAAAUUGCCAACAAAGUCGACAUUAUUUACUGUCCAGGAGGUUACUAUUACUGUCAGGACGGAGCUACUUGCUGUCCUCUACCAAGUGGAGCAUACUCAUGCUGUCCUUACCAAUCUGCUUCGUGUUGUGCUGAUAUGAUACAUUGUUGUCCUUACGGUACUCGAUGUGAUUCGACCUCCAGACAUUGCCUCAGAGGAAAUAAUCUUUAUCAAGCUCUUAUGAAGAAACCUGCUUUUCCUAUGAAUUUAUUUGAUCAAAUAUUUCUAUUGUUAUUCUCAAACUCAACAAAAUCCUUAAGUUCAUUACGAGGUCUGAAUAUGUACUAUUUAUUUGUGCUAUCGGUUUGUGCUCUCUUCUGUUCUGGAUCCUGCACUGAAGUGAUCCCUGAAGUGACUUCGGAGGAUACUGAUGCCCAGAAUAGCGUAGUGUACUGUCCAGGUGGAUACUACUACUGUCAAGUCGGAUCGACAUGCUGUCCGCUACCAAACGGAGCAUACUCAUGCUGCCCAUACCCCUCAGCAAUGUGUUGCGCAGAUAUGGUUCAUUGUUGCCCAUACGGCACUCGAUGUGAUCCUACCUCCAGAUACUGCCUCCAUGGUUACAGCCUGAUGCUAUCACAAUCUAAGACGCCCGCAUUUCCUAUGAAAUAAACAUCUCAGUCUCGUUUGACUUGUUUGAUACUCGUAUGUAAAUAUGUAAUAUAGAAAUAAAGGAUUCGUUUUAUGUA